CAAAUGGUGUGCAUACGAAAGGCGACGAUAGAUGAUUUGCUUGCAAUGCAAGCAUGCAAUUUGCUAUGCCUACCUGAGAAUUACCAGAUGAAGUACUACUUUUACCACAUACUUUCCUGGCCACAGCUUCUAUACGUUGCUGAAGAUUACAAUGGUAAGAUAGUUGGAUAUGUGUUAGCCAAAAUGGAAGAGGAAACUACAGAGUGUCAUGGACACAUCACUUCCCUUGCUGUUGUGAGGACUCACCGUAAACUUGGUUUGGCUACUAAACUCAUGACCGCUGCUCAGAAUGCCAUGGAACAGGUUUUUGGAGCAGAGUAUGUCUCUCUGCAUGUGAGGAAGAGCAACAGGGCUGCAUUUAAGCUGUACACAGAGACAUUAGGAUAUAAGAUUCAUGAUAUGGAAGCCAAGUACUAUGCAGAUGGGGAAGAUGCUUAUGAUAUGAGGAAGGAAUUGAAGGGCAAGAAGCACCACCAGCACCAGCAUCAUCAUCAUCACCACCAUGGUGGUGGAUGUUGCUCUGGUGAGGCGAAGGUAGGAGCAAAGGAGGGAGCAGCAGAAGCAAAAUCAGCGUGAUUGUGGAUGUGAAGUUUGGGAAUAAGAAAUUGUCCCGAGUCAAUUUACUUACAAGAAAUACAUGUUAGAUGUUACUACUGUAUGUUUUCUAUGUGAAACUACUAUGUCUUCGAAGGUUGGAACAUUUGUACAACCAAUGCCUUUUGUUUUUCUGAUAUAGUUUUCACCGUUCAUAUCUGUUCCUGAGGAGGAACCGAAACAUGCACUGAAACUGGGCAAUUUUGUGUUAUCGAUAAUCAUACUGGAAGAAGAUUGAUGGUAUGUUGGACAA